CACGGCUAAAAGUGUUUCACAUUGUGUAUGCAUUUAUCUGACGUUCGGCAAGGAAAAUUAUAGUGAUACGCAGUUUUUAAGCAAACACUUCCCAAUGUAGUUUAACUGCCUUAAAAAAGGCCAAACAAUUAUUUUCGUUUUUAAGAAGAAGCAGGUGGAUUUCAAAUUGUUUCAUUCAUGAAAGAACAAACUGACUGGCGAAGUCUUUUUCAGAAGGCUUGUGUGUUUUUAUUUCUACUGGUGCCCUGUGUGUGUAGUGUUGAGCUAAAAACUACUCCUAAAGAAUGCCCGAACAUCACUAAGACGAAUGAGGUGGAAGGGAAGUUCCAUUCGCCGGGUGGGGCUGGAGGCUACCCUAAUAACUCGGACUGCCUGUGGCAGAUCCAAGCGUCACUCGCUGCCACCGUACAGAUCAUCUUUGAGGACUUCGACUUAGAACUGAGCAAAACAUGCUUCCAUUACGAUUCAGUCAAGGUAACUCAGAACUGCGGCGGAUCUUGGGUGGACGUCGAUCAAGACGCUUACUGUGGUAACCGAACCCGAUUUAACGUAACGUCGUCCUGCGGAUGGGUGAGGAUCCGCUUCAAGUCGGACGAGUCUAUCACCGGCCGGGGGUUUAACGCCACUUACAGGAUCAUCCGGGACAGGAAGCCGCCUGUGAUCACGUGUCUCGGCCCCGACUGUAACAAGACGCAGCACGAGAUCGCCGAGAGUGAUGUUCGCCUGGACUGCGUGGCGGAGGGUUACCCCUUGCCCAUAGUGGAGUGGAGUAGGGUCGGGGGGGUCAUGCCGAACUACCGUCAGCUGUCUAAUGGCAGUGUGGUGCUCAAGCAGGUCAAGAUGACCGACACUGGCGUGUACCAGUGCCAGGCCAAUAAUUCGCAGGGAGGAGACAUCGACCGGCUCAGCCUUCACGUAGCAGAAAAAUGCACCUGCCCCAAGCGCAUCCUGACGAACUGGUAUGAGCUUCCGCCGUACACACGCACGGACGCGGCCAGGAAGGAGAACAGCCUUUUCCGUGUCCUCAUCCGUACGAUCUUCCAGACUUGCUGCGGAAACUGCACCGGCGGGCACGGUCCCUCUGAGAUCAUCUUUGAUGGCGCGAACUCCACCAAAAUGUCCUUCAUUGAAACCAGAAAGGAAGAAAACCUCAACCAGAAGGAUACCAUUUCCUUCCCUAUCCCUGGUAACGCCGAUGACACCACGUACCAGAACACCCUACGCUUCCUUCCGCUCGUCACGUCCCCUGGCAUCGCGUUUGUCGUGGUGAAUGACGAGCCGGGAACCUCUGCGAACGCCGUCUUCACAUCUGUGCUGGGUGGAUGGCCCGUACUUGUGCUGACGCUUAUUAUGGCGCUGCUAUCUGGAAUGAUCAUGUGGGCUCUGGACACGUGGAACAAUCCAGAUGAGUUUCCGCGCUCGUUUAUAAAAGGCAGCGGCGAGGGCUUCUGGUGGGCUUUUGUUACUAUGACAACAGUCGGUUAUGGAGAUCGGGCUCCUCGUGGAUUCUUCGCGCGUAUAUUUGCUAUUAUCUGGGUCCUUGUUGGUCUGGUCAUUACCUCUAUCUUUACCGGAGUCGUGACCACCUCACUCACAGCCAUUACCCUGAGUACGGACACGAGGUUAUACGGCACUCAGGUUGUGGCGAUCCAAAACUCGACAGAAUACCGUCUUGGGAUACAGAAGAACGCACAAAUGAAAGCCGAAUUGACGCUCGAUGCCAUGGCCCAACACCUCAAAGCACGUAAGUCCAAAGGUGCUCUGGUGGAUACGUAUGUUGCUGCUGAGGUGCCUACAUUCACAGAGGCGUUCAAAAACCAGGAGUUCCGAGUUAGUCAGAUGCUCGAUCACUCUUCUAACUACGGCAUCGUGUUUGGAGACGAGAAUGGGCCACUUUCAGAGGACAGUUUCCAGAAAUGUGUACAUGACUAUGUGCUAGUGAACAAGGCCGAGAUAUCGAAGAAAGUAGAGUCGAGAGUAGAGGCGCUUGACAAACCUAAAGAGAGUGCUGCGGUGGAGAAGUCGUCUGGUUUGUUCGACGCCAGCUCGCCCCUUUUCACCAAUGCGGUCUACAGCAGUCUUGGCAUGCUUCUAUUUCUGGCCGCUUGCGGGAUCACCUGGGAUUACGGCUACAUGAGGCACUGGCGUAAGAAAUCCGAGUUAGAAGAGCUUGAGAUGCUCGGAGGGCCUGGUUACGAGGUGGCCAAGCGUAACAUGGAUAUGAUGGACGCCAUGAUGAGGGAGGUCCAGGAGUUCUACGAUAACUGGAACCGUCGGCUGGAUGAGAUUACCGUACGGCACGACGAAGAGCAGAAAGUCCUCGCCAAGCACCACAAGUAGCUUGCCAUGCGCCUGUGUUACACGCACCCCACACUAGUCGCACCAUACCCAUCUGAAUAGCAUCGUGAGCACCUAAUGGGACCAGACGGUAUUUACCGAUAAGAAAAAUUCUGACAGAAAGCCACCGUGUUAGGUUAGCAGCAAGGAACACCUUAGACGCACCGUAGGCACAAUGUAGAGGUCCUGAUGGGUGCCACUUGCAAGAGGCUUUACUCCUUGAUGUUAGAGUAAAGAGAAUAUCCAGAAGAAAGGCAUAGUGCAGCUAAAAAGCACUGGACUUAGUCGACCUAUGAUCCGUUAUACUCAUCCAAGGUGAUGGAUUGAAGCAAGGAAGUAUGAAUAGGGAUACCCAAAUCGGAGUAGAGAAAGUGGAGACCCCUUAAUUGAUUGUGGUUCUAAAUUAAGUGUUACCUUGGACUCCUAGACACUUUUAAAAUCGGGGAAAGAAUGUUAAAGUGUGGUACGUGCUGUGCUUUUGGAGAUUAUGUACAUGAACAGUGAGUAGUAAAAAUUCAAAUGCACACAUAAAAAUAUUUAGAUAAACCAUAACUUCUUAAGCACUCAGCGCGUAUUCAGAAGAGUAGAAUUCGAGUGAAAAAUGAUUCUGUAAUUCGUAGUAAUACAUAGCAUAGAGGUGGGUUCUACCUCGUUAUUUAAGUAUUUAUUUGUCGCAAAAAUGCACAGGCAUGAACCAAAGAUUCCAUUUACCUACGUCCAAUACAAUAUCGGUACGGCACGUCCUACCAAAGAUAACAUACCUGAUGAUACGAAAUCGCAAGCCAAUUGCAAUAAAGUAUUUGCCUGACGUAGCAUUUGGGAACACGCCUUCUAAAGUAGGCAUUUUUGAGUUGCGCAACAGGACAAGGAGAGGGUUCAUGAAAUCCCACAUUAUACCGUCUUUCUUAGUGUUAUUGAAGUUAUCAUCAUCGAGUUAUGUAUUUUCAACGAUAAAUUCUAUACGCUCUACAUUUGAUCACCUAUGUUUCAGGGAUGAUGAGUGGGGCUUAUCGCGUUAGUCUGUAUGCCACUCGUCUCUUCUACUGACUUCAUGUAGUUGCGCCCCAUGGGAAACCCCACUAAUCAUGUUCCACAAAGUCAAGUGUUUUUGUAAAUAAAGAUUUUGAUUUUGACACGUA